AUGUUGUUUCUUUCGGCGACGCGGCUGCUGGCCGCCGCCAGCGUCCUCUCGGCGGCGCUGGCCCACAACAUCGGGCUCCCUGCCCACGGCCGCGAGUGCUUCUACGAGACCCUGCACAAGGAAGACAAGAUGACUGUGACAUUCCAGGUCGGCGACAGGGAGUUUGGCAGUGCAGGAAACCUCGACAUUGACUUUUGGAUAACAAACCCCGAAGGUCAGUACGAGACGUUUGCCAAGUCCAUCUCCAACGGCGACUACAGCUUCACGGCCCACAUGGACGGUCAGUACACGUACUGCUACGGCAACGAGCACUGGGGCGCCACGAGCAAGGAGGUCUCGUUCAACGUGCACGGCAUCGUCUACGUCUCGGAGCACGACCAGCCCCAGGACCCGCUCGAGUCCUCGGUCCGCCAGCUGUCGGAGCUGCUGGCCCAGGUCAAGGACGAGCAGAGCUACUUCAUCCUCCGCGAGCGCACCCACCGCAACACCGCUGAGAGCACAAACAGCCGCGUCAAGUGGUGGAACCUCUUCGUCAUUGGCAUCAUCAUUGGCGAGUACAUCUUUCAGGUCUGGUGGCUCAGGAGGUUCUUUGAGGUGAAGAGGGUGGUUUGA